GCUGGCCAUCGGCCGUCAUGCAGGAUUGGAAGGCGCGGGACACGUCGAAUGGACACCCUUCCUGGAUCUUAUCAGAUCAUCCUACCGCUCCAUUCACCUUCUUUAUUGGAACGAGUGACCAUACCGAGCCCAUUGACUGGGCUCCAAUCUUCGUUUUGUCCUAUUCUUCACCUUUGAAUUUACGAACAGUUCCUUUAUAA